AUGAUCGUCGGCCUUCCGUGCGUCAGCUGGUGUUCGGCGAGCAUGGACGCGGAGGAGUUGGUCGAAUCCAUCAUCCGAGCGCUCAUGUUCUUGGCGGGGAUCGUCGGUAACAACUGGCUGGCCGUCAGCUCCGUGCCCCCCAAGGGGUCCGACCUCUGCACCAACGAGGCGCUCUUCAUCAACCUGGCCGUCUCCAACCUCAUCACCAACUACCUGGUGGACCUCCCCGACGCCGUCGCCGACUUCGCCGGCCGCUGGUUCCUGGGCCAGGCCUACUGCGGCGUUUUCCGCUUCUGCGCCGACCUGUCGGAGACGAGCAGCAUCUACACGACCUUCUUCAUCAGCGCCUUCUGGCACCAGAAGCUGGUGGGCUCCCUGAAGCGGGGCGGCGCCCCCGUCAAGAUGGACAACGUCGGACUGGUGCUGAGCCUGCUGGCGGGCAGCUGGGCCACGGCUCUGGCCUUCAGCGUGCCGCAUUUCUUCUUCGUGAGCGUGGAGGCUACCAACGAGAGCAAGGAGGACUGUUUGGACGUCUUCCCGGACGCCCUUUCCAGAUGGACCUACGACAUCUUCUACCUGACGCUGGCCAACGCCCUGCCUCUCGCCGGGAUGCUGUUUGCCAGCGCCCAGAUCGUGGUGACGUUGCUGAAGAACCAGCACCGCGUCCGAAGUCGGAACGCGGACCGCAGCGCUCUCGAAGGAGCAGACGGUACGGUUUACGUGCGCGACGCCGCCUCGCCGACCCAACUUGACACAGGUGCACCCGACCCUGCUUCCCAUCUGGACGCUUGCAACACCUCCGGGGCUCCACAUGGGCCAUCCAAGCCCAACUCCAGUUCCAGCUCCAGCUCCCAGGUGCGGGCGGCCAAAAGCGUGGUGGCGGUGGCCGGCGUGUUCCUGGUGUGCUGGCUGACUCAUCUGCUGCUGCGAAUCACCAACAGCGUCCGCUCCUCCUCGCUGGUGGUGGAGGUGGCCAGCUACAUCGCCGCCUCCUACACCUGCAUCAUCCCCUACAUAUUCCUGCACGGAGUUAAAAAGCUCACAUGCUCGUGCAAAAGAUAGAAGGGGGCGGGGGGAGUGAGAGAGGGAGGGGGGGGGGGUAGAAGCAUUUAGAGCGGAUCUCAACUGCAAAUAUGGUUCAUAAUGUCCCUUAGUCAUUUUUUUUCGAUUCUUGCGAAAGGAACAGAGUAAAAUUAAAUUAAGAUCUGCUCAAGUAAAAUUGGAUUAUGGCUCCACAUAGACAACACACCGGUGGGGUGGGCGAAAACUGCACAACGAACAGCGAUGCUAAUAAUGAUUUUUAUUUUUGGCUGUGGAUGAGCUACGAAGGCGAAUUUUGCAAGAAAUUAUUGUAGCGAGGCGUAUAAUUAGAUCAGCGAUUCUAAAAAUGCUACGCAGGCUUCCACAAGUGGUAAAAAAAAAUAUAUAUAUGUUGAUUCUUUGUAUAAUGGAACAGAAAGCAGAACCUUACUUUUGAUUUUUUUAAUCCGGUAAAGUACAUUUGAGGCAGAACGGUGGAGCAGCUGGUAAAGGGUUGGCCUCACAGUUCUGAGAAACCAGGUUCGAUCCCGGCCACACCUGUGUGGAGUUUGCAUGUCCUCCCCGUGCCUGCGUGGGUUUCCUCCGGGCACUCCAGUUUCCUCCCACAUCCCAAAAACAUGCAACAUUAAUUGGACACGCUAAAUUGCCCCUAGUUGUGAUUGUGGCUGUUUGUCUCGAUGUGCCCUGCGAUUGGCUGGCAACCAGUUCAUUCACAGCUGGGGUAGGCUCCAGCACUCCCCGCGACCCUCGUGAGGAUAAGUGGCAAAUAAAAUGGAUGGACGGAUAGAGUACACUUGUUAAAAUCAUUCAUCCAUCCCCUUUCUGAGCCGCUUAUCCUCACGAGGGUCGCAGGAGUGCUGGAGACAAUCCCAGCUGUCAUCAAAGAGGAGUGGACCCUGAACUGGUCGCCAGCCAAUCGCAGGGCACGUAGAGACAAACAGCCACAAUCACACCUAGGGGCAAUUUAGAGUCCAUUUAAUGCAGGGACGAGGCGAACAUGCAUGAAUAAUUUCCAGCAGAACUGUAAGGUCAUCAAAAUAUGAAACACUUCAUUAUGUGAAAUUGCACACCAAUGCAAAUGACCACCCCCCCCCCAAAAAAAAACUUUACUCAUAUUAAUAUUCAAUCCAUUGAAGAAUUUUCAUGUCUUACUACAACAUUGUGGUUAGUACAGGCGCAUCUCAAUAAAUUAGAAAAUGAAAAAUAAGUCUGUAUAGAGGGUUUCUCCAUGAGAAAUAUGAAUAUCUAAGUAACUACAUAUCAUGGAACAUCAAAAACAAUUUUCUGAGUGGCAAUUGCUACUUUGUUUUGAGAUUAAAAAUUGUUUACGUAACAUUUUAAUUUCUUAGGACAGUUAUGUUUUCUGUUCAU